AUGCGGGUGCAGGAUGCGCGCCUUGUUAUUGUGACGCUGGGCGGAGGGGCGGUGGUGGGGAGUCUUCCUCAGGUGGGGGCGGGCGGCGAGGGGGUCACCAGGGUUGAGCCUCAACUGCGUGACCCCGACCUGCGUGACCCCGACCUGCGUGACCCCAAUCUGCGUGACCCCAAUCUGCGUGACCCCGACCUGCGUGACCCCGACCUGCGUGACCCCGACCUACGUGACUCCAAUCUGCGUGACCCCGACCUGCGUGACCCCGACCUACGUGACCCCAAUCUGCGUGACCCCGACCUGCGUGACCCCGACCUGCGUGACCCCGACCUGCGUGACCCCCGACCUUUGCCUCCUUGGCCUGAUUACGUGGACGGCGACAUGAACAUUCGUGAAGGCUCCCACUGCAAAAGACACAUCGCCCCCCCCCCCCCACCGGUAGAGUCUACCGCGUGUUCGCUUCGUGCCGCGCCGCCUCUACUGCCGCCACCGGUGGCGGUAGACGCGGCGCAGAUGGCGGUGAUGGCCGUGCGAGGCGCUGGGCGGUUGCUGGGACGCGCGGUCUGGGGCCUCCACUCAAGGCCAGGCGGGUGGACGGUGCGGGGCCCCGGUGAGGCAGGGAGGUCCCCGAGUCGUUCUUGCGCGGCCCAAGUCGGGGAGGACGCAGCCGACACGAGCGGUUACCUCCACAUCAGCGACAGCUGCGUCAAGAGGCUGCACGUCAUCGCGGACGGCGGCGAGUUCCUCCGCGUGCAGGUGGAGGGCGGAGGCUGCUCCGGGUUCCAGUACAAGUUCGUGCUGGACACGAGCAUGAACGACGAUGAGGACCGCCUGUUCGAGCGCAAUGGCGCGCGUGUGGUUGCCGACCGCGAGUCCCUGGAGCUACUCAAGGGCGCCACCAUAGACUUCAGCGAGGAGCUCAUCCGCUCCACCUUCCGCAUCGUGGGGAAUCCGCAGGCCGACCACGGCUGCUCCUGCGGGACCUCCUUCUCCAUCAAGACGUGAAGACACCACUCCCCCCUCCCUCACCUUCCCCCUUCCCUCACCUUCCGGAUAAACGCAAUUUUCUGAGCCACUCGAGGGUCAAAGCCCCAGAGAUCCAGACCGGGUGUGCGAUCGCGAUCGCCUUGUGAAAUCGUGCCACUGCCGGACCCUCGCCUGUGCUCUUGCCAUUUUUCUGGCUCUUGCGUAAGCUGCAUUUGUCAAGAGGAAUGCAGCUCCUAUUCUGCGCGUAUUAUUUAUAGCGGGCACUAUUUAAGUGUGUAAUUUUGUUCUUGUGGCUUUCACAUUGGUCAUAUUUUGCAGGCGUACGUCACCGAAAGUCGUUUGGAGGUUGUGAUCCGUACAACGAUCCUCGCACAUGCCGAUGCCAGCAGUGGCUGUGUGAGAGGCAAGGCUGGGAACCAAACUCUCGUCAGGCCAGAGUUAUAUUCCUGUGGACAGUUGCAGAAAUGUCCCCUCGGUCCACAAUGACUUACAAACUCUGGCAAAAAAAAAAACUAAGAUUUCAUGCAACAGACCACAAGCCCAGUUCCGCUGGGUGGCGCUGUGUCGAUGCAGGUGUCAACAUUUGGAGAUGCAUUUGUGGAAAGUGAGCAGAUUGUAUAUUGACCAGUGUAAUCGAUGUUCAGCAUGCAUGCUGGCACUUAUGUAAAGUGGUGAAGCAAAUUCAUCAUGUUGUAUUCACAUGGUGGACGGCUGUUUUUGUUGUUCAGCUGUGAAAUAAACUGAGUGAUGCAAA